AUGAAAGGCCUCACCGUUUGUAUCGCUUUAAGCCUUGCAUCCUAUGUCUACGGACAUGGGUACCUGACCAUUCCUAAGAGUCGCACUUGCCUUGGAAAUGAGGCCAGUUUAGACUCCUGCCCGGAGUGCGCCAUCCUCGAGCCUGUUGCAUCAUGGCCCAACCUCACCGCGGCAGCUGUUGGUCGUAGCGGACCCUGUGGCUACAAUGCUCGCUCAUCCAUAGACUACAACCAGCCCGGAAGUGCCUGGGGCUCUUCCACCGUCGCCACUUAUACUGCUGGACAAAUUGUCACUGUGCAGUGGUGCGUUGACGCCAACGGUGACCACGGUGGAAUGUUCAGCUACCGCGUCUGCCAAAAUCAAGACAUUGUCGACAAAUUCAUAGACCCAUCGUACCUCCCCACCAACGAUGAGAAACAGGAGGCUGAGGACUGUUUCGUUGCCGGAACACUGAAUUGUAAUGAUGUUGACGGGCAGACCUGUGACUAUAGUGCCGACUGUACAGAGGACGAGCCGUGCUGGCGGAAUGAUUGGUUUACAUGCCAUGGCUUCGAAGCUUCCACUCUUCCAAAGUGCCAGGGUGUAGACAACGCAGCGUUGAAUUCCUGUUACACGUCCAUUGCGGGGGGGUAUACCGUGACCAAGCAGAUCAAAAUUCCAGAUUAUUCGUCGAACCACACACUUCUGUCGUGGAAGUGGAACUCAUUUCAGACUGGACAGGAUUAUCUUGGCUGCGCUGAUAUUGCAAUCACCGGAGGAGGCUCUGGGACAACAACCACUUCAGCUAGCACAGCGACAACUCUGAUUACCAGCACAGCAACAACAUCGAAGCUAACCACCACGACAUUAACCACCACAGCUACCCAAGCGUGCAGCACUCCCGUGGCUAGCGUGGCGGUCACUUUUAACGAACUUGUCGCAACCACUCCCGGGCAGACCAUCAAGGUGGCCGGCUCUAUUUCUGAGCUCGGAAACUGGGACCCUAACUCCGCGCCGGCGCUUUCGGCGUCGCAGUAUACAAGUGCAACCCCUCUGUGGAGCUAUACAGUGUCAUUAGCGGCUGGCACGUCGUUUGAGUACAAGUUCAUCAAUGUGGACCAGUCGGGUUCGGUGACGUGGGAGGACGACCCGAAUCGAUCGUACGAGGUGCCGACGGGCUGUGCAGACAGUGUGAUUGCCAGUAGUAAUUGGCAAUAA